AGCACUGUUUCGGUGUAAAAAAUUCAUACAGUGUCGCGAUUUUCCGUUCCGUUAUGUUUUCGUGUUUUUGUGGUACAUAGAAAAUGAAUUAUAUUUUAUUUGGCAUAAUAACAUUGACAUUAAAGUAUAAUGAUUGAAAUAAAAGUGCAAUAGAUUGUUAAUUUAUCAAAAACGUUAGAUUAAACUGCAAUCAUAAUGGCCACAAAAGAGACCAUGAUUGUGUUUGUCUAUGACACGGAGUGUCUUCAGGAAGAGAGCGAUGAUCCCAUACAAGCUGUCCUCUAUUUCCAUCCCAGUUGGGUAUCGGACACACAAAAAGUGGCUCUAUGUGGUCAAUUGAUGGGCACAUCAUAUUUCCUCAAAGAUUGUUUCUUCAAGCCACGCAUUUUAUCACUACAGAAUGGUAAAUUUGUUCUCAAAGAGUUUGGUAGAUUUACACUGGCCGUUGGCACCGAUCGUAAUAUAGGUGAUCCACUGUUGGAACAUCGCGCCCAAUUAUUGAGUUCUUUGCUCAAGUUUUUUCACCGGGACCUGCAAACAUUAUACGAUCAAUAUGCCCAGCCAUCGAUGAUGACACCUGCUCAACCGCACAACAGUAGAAAUCUUAGUGAGAAACUAUAUCAUAUAUUUGAGACAUAUUUACCGAUGCUACAACGCAAUGGAAAUACUUUUCAGAAUGUUCCCAAAUUGCGUAUGCCCAAGACCGCCAGUCAUAUCUAUUUGGAGGCCAUACAGACUCUGCAAUGCUGUCAGCAGACGAAGGGCAUCUUGGGUGGUGUUAUACUCUAUCAUAAUAAAGUUGUAGCCUCUCAAUUGGGUGAUGUGGUUACCAAACAAUUGGUUCUUACCGAUCCACGUCACGUACGCACCACUGCUGAGCAAUUAUUAUCUCAACAAUUUCAUAUACCAAACGGUGUACAAAUGCUGGUGGUCUAUGUGGAACAGCAGCAGUAUCGCCAAUUGGCUGGCGAGGCGCAACGUGCUCAGAAUCUGCAGAUGAUGAGUACAUCUCAGUUGGCAUCCCAAAACGGUGGUCUACCCUUUCAGUACUCCAAAAGGAAAUUAAAGCGGGAUAAAUCAUUGAUUUUCACCCAUAUACCAGAGGAGGAACAUGCCGCGGAACAGAGUACUGUGGCUAGUACAAGUGAAAUGCCACCCGCCAGACCUAAAUCCAUGAGACCCACACAUUUGCCGCUGAGAUUAAAGAGCAUGCAGAGCAAAGAGUUACCUGAAUCGGGAAUUGCUUCGAUUAAUUUUGAUGAAACCGAUUCGUAUCCAGAGUUUAUAGGCCGUACUAGUGUCUGUAAUACGCCCAUGACGGAGAAUAAGGUGCUGCCGGUGGCCACUGUAAUGUCCAUAUGUGCUAAUCCUGAUGAACAACAACCACAACCGGAUGAUAAUUCCAAUGGCAAGCCGCAAUCGAGACGUAACUCUCUUAAAUUGGAUGUAGAGAAAUUCUUCCAGAAUUUUAUUAGUAAUCCGCAUAAGCAAAUUACACGACGUAAAUCUUCUGCGGAUUUGCAAGAAGCUCUGCGUAGCAUAUCCAAAAAGCUGGGACACAUUACCCAAGGCUUUAAGACGGAUGUAAAUCGUAAUGGCGAUGGCUCCACCAGCUUAUCACCAGAUUUUAUUGAAAAUGAUGAUGUUGAGGAGCGAGAGAAAACAUCUUGCCGUACGAUCAGUGAUCCCACCUAUCCCGUUUUUAACACCAAUGGCCAACAGAUCUCACGUAGCCUGUUCCAGCAGUUUUUAGAGCAAUAUCGUCGUCUCUGGGGAGUGGCCAGUGAACAGGCUCAACAGGAUGCGGAAUUGGCUGCCCUUGUCGAAGAGUUUCAAGAGUUUAACAUGGAAAUACAAAAGCUCGAUGAACAUAUGCGUCAACAGGCAGCCGAGGCGGCAGAUCGAAAUCUCAAUAUAUCGGCAGCGAAAACGCCCCUGGAUAAGAAAUCGAUGAGUUUGCCCCUGAAAUCGGCAGCCGGUGAAGAAAUGGCUGCCGUUUCUAGUUUUAAUCAACGUGCAAAUGGACGAUCAGGUGCAGGUGGGGUCCCAUUGACUCCCUUGAUGGCUAAACUUUCGGUAUUGGCACUCAGUGAGACAACACCGAUUGAAAUACAAACUCCAUUGACAUCAAGUAAGGUCUUUCCACGGCGCAGCUCUCUCAAAUGUGAAGAUGCCGUGGAUGCCCUCACUGCUCUCGAUAAUAACAAAUCUCAGACAGUUGCUCCAGCAACAAAUCAAACGACCGGUGACCUGCAACGCUUAGAAUUAUAUAUAUGUGGUCAACAGAAUAUGACGCUAUUGCUGCUCAUGGAGGAGGGCACUAGUCAACAACAGCCUAUAGUGCAGAAAAUGUUCGAUAUUUGUGUGGCCAAAUUCCCUCAUAUGGAAUCUCAAUUGAAUCAGACACUCAAUGUUAAUGUAGAGGGCGAUAAACGGGAUAGCAGUGAUUAUAGUUUUAUGUGCAUUGAUGCCAAAUGGGAUGUCCUAGAGCGUAAUGGUCCCUGGAAUCCUUUAGAGCUGAAUAUAUUAGAGAGUAUGCAUGCCGCACAUGAUAAAGGCCAGCAAUUGACUGAUUUAAUUUUGCGUUCCCAUGAUUCCGUCUAUUAUGGCUACAAAUGUGGACGCACAGAGUUCUUCUAUAAGGAGCCAACCCAUCAGAUAAAUGGCAUACCACCGCCCUCGGAUCCCAUUGGGAAUAUACAAAUGCGCGCCAAGACGCGUCUGGAGCGUGAUCAUUCCUAUAUGCUUUUCUAGGAGAACGAAGACGUAUCAAGAAACCUAAUAGACAAAUAAGCAAAGGAUAUAUAUAUAUACAUAUAUAAAAUACUCGCAUGAUUAGCCAAAAAAAAAAAAAAACAAAAGAAAAUAUGCCAAAUUUAUGCCAUCCGCUGUAACUUACUUUGCCAUCGUUGACAAGACAAGAAAUGUUUUUUUUUUUAUUGAACUGAGAAGCAUUCCAAACUUAAUGAAGUUUUUAAUUCAUUUAUUUAUGGCAUUUCAUUUCAUCUUGUUAUAACGAAACUUUGUGCCGUGCCGCUUUUAGCUUUGUUUUUAUUUCGUUUUCUGUCAAGUACAAAAAGAAUUUAUUUCUUUAGGAAAUUUUAUUUACAAUUGCCUGCACUGUUGUUUAAUUCUUAAGUCGAAUUUCAAAUUUCAAAUGCUUAAACCAAAAAAAAAACCUAUUCGUAAUGUAUGUAAAAAUGUAAUGUAUUUUAAGUCGCUUUUAUUAGAGAGUAUUUUGAAAGCGAUAAAAUUACAAGAAUAUGUGUAAAUUAAAUUGAAUAUUUUAGAUUUGGACCCAUAAGGAAUGUGCAAUAUUUAUUUUAUAAAAAUUUUGCGUUCAAUGUUAGCCUAAUACAUAUACAUACAUACAUAUAAAUAUAAAAGUAAUUAACAAAAUGAUUUGUAGACUUGCAAAGAAACAGAAUAAAAUGUGCAGUCCCAUCUGUGUUUUAGAAUUGAA